GAUUGACUUUUGAAAGACGUGCGGAUGGCGAGCUGAACAUCAACACCACCAAUAGACUCUAAGUGCGCAUUUUACGAUAGUUCGUUUUAUAAACUUUCACCAGAGACAACACGGUUUCGUGGGGAACUUGAUACCAGUGAAUGGGGCAGUGCCGACUGUAACUACCUGGGCUUCCUACGACCAUCCCACUGUCGUCAGACAUUAUGUCACCAACAACGAGGGUAAAUUGACUUGUGUGCUUAUUUUUAUGAUGAUAGUCCACAAUAACCAUUCGAUUUUGAAGUUGAGCCUCCUAACGUGAUUUUACAUCGUAUAAACCAUCACCCACUCAGUAUGUUUGAUUCCUUUUGGUGUAGCCAUUCGACACGCCCACAGCAUAUGCGAGCUGAGAGGUGCCCCUUAUAAUUAAAGUUUUGAAACCUGAUUUGAUACACUUAAUGAUUUUUUUUUUAUACAUUCAAAUUCAGUAGGCUGUUAACAUGACUUUUCUCUGUGGUGUGUUGAAUUUACAACACUGAAUUUACAACGCCUGCUUAGUGCCACUUUAAAAACUCAAUGUAAAACUCAUUUUUUGUUGACAAAAACUAUGUGCGUUGUUGCAUUUGAUUUAUUCGCGAUACCAGUCCACACGGGCGGGGUUUAGGCGUUUCCGGUUGUUUCCGAAGCAAAAUCAUCAUUUCAUUAAAACAAAAUCAUAGUAUGAUUCAAACGGCCACAUAUUCUUGUGGUGUAUUAAGAAUCAGAGACAAACAUUUAGGACUGCGUUAAAGAUGAAUAUCUUGGCUCGCCCUCGCCGCUCUCCCGGUGUGACUCGUACAAUGUUUGCCAACGCCACCCGCGUUGCGCCAUUUUGAAAGUGUAAUGUGGGGAGAGGCAGGGACGAGGGAAUUCUUAAAGUAGAGUGCAAAGUCUCAACACUUGUCUCGAGGAAUACGCUGUUAACAUUUGUUAUUAGAAAAGAUUACCUUUGAAAACAGUUUUGCCAAGGGCGUGUAUGCUUCUCUUAAAAAUAAAAAAUAAAAAAAAAAGAUUGGCAGCAGCACUGUCAACUUCAUUCCUCCACAUCUCCAGAAGCAGCCAGCAGCAGUGCUCAGUUCAGGGCCUGAGACCCUCCCCCCCCUCCCCCCGGGUGGCUCACCAUGGAAGGGGUCGGUGAUGAGAGCGACCAGGUGCAAUGGUGCUUUUCCCAAGUCAAAGGAGCGAUAGAUGACGACGUCGCCGAAGCUGACAUCAUAUCUACUGUUGAGUUCAACCACUGUGGAGAGCUGCUUGCCACGGGAGACAAAGGAGGUCGUGUCGUCAUAUUUCAACAGGAGCCAGAGAGCAAGAAUCACCCUCUGUGCCGUGGCGAAUACAACGUUUACAGCACUUUUCAGAGCCAUGAACCUGAGUUUGACUACCUGAAGAGCCUUGAGAUCGAGGAGAAGAUCAACAAAAUUCGAUGGUUGCCCCUGAAGAAUGCCGCUCAUUUCCUUUUGUCCACAAAUGAUAAAACCAUAAAGCUGUGGAAAAUAAGCGAGCGAGACAAGCGACCAGAAGGUUACAAUUUAAAAGAAGAUGAUGGUCGAUAUAGAGAUCCAAAUACAGUUACAACACUACGGGUCCCAAUAUUCAGGCCCAUGGACCUGAUGGUGGAGGCCAGCCCCCGGCGAGUGUUUGCCAACGCUCACACCUACCACAUCAAUUCCAUCUCGGUCAACAGCGAUUGUGAAACCUACCUGUCCUCGGAUGAUCUCCGCAUCAACCUGUGGCACUUGGAGAUCACCGAUCGCAGCUUUAAUAUUGUUGACAUUAAGCCAGCUAACAUGGAGGAGUUGACUGAGGUGAUCACAGCAUCAGAGUUUCAUCCUAACCAAUGCAAUACGUUUGUGUACAGUAGCAGUAAAGGAGCCAUCCGCUUGUGCGACAUGAGGGCGUCAGCACUGUGUGACAACCAUGCCAAAUUGUUUGAAGAGCCAGAGGAUCCAAACAAUCGUUCGUUCUUCUCAGAAAUAACGUCAUCCAUCUCUGAUGUGAAGUUCAGCCACAGUGGACGUUACAUGAUGACCCGUGACUACCUGUCCAUCAAAAUCUGGGACCUCCAUAUGGAGACUCGCCCAGUGGAGAUUUAUCAGGUGCAUGAAUAUAUCAGGAGCAAGUUGUGUUCACUCUAUGAGAACGAUUGCAUCUUUGACAAAUUUGAGUGCUGUUGGAAUGGGAACGACAGCGUGGUCAUGACGGGUUCCUACAAUAACUUCUUCAGGAUGUUUGACCGAGGCUACAGGAAGAAUGUGACCCUGGAGGCGUCAAGGGAGCACAGCAAACCGCAGUCUGUCCUCAAACCCCGCAAAGUAAGCUCGGGUGGGAAGCGCAAAAAGUAUGAGAUCAGUGUAGACAGUUUGGACUUUAACAAGAAGAUCCUCCACACUGCCUGGCAUCCCAUGGACAACAUUAUUGCUGUGGCCACCACCAAUAACCUGUAUAUAUUCCAGGACAAACUAAACUAGCAUUUGAUGAGCUCCAUUACAGACGCAACAUCUGUCUAAAUGCUCAAAUCUGGCUCAGACCUUGGGUAUGACUGAUCAUCACAAGCCCAUUUUUCAUGUGUAAUACAAAAUGAACAUCCAGGCUUUGUUGAGCUAAUUACUGUAAAGAGUUUGGGAUUCAGGGGCUCUCUUUCCCUCCAAUAGAAGCACUUGUUCAUCCAGCUACUGGUUCCAACCCCACUACAUCCCAGACCAAAGGGAAGAUGUGUUAAAACAAAAACAAAAAUCAUUUGUACAUUAGUGCCAUUGCUGAUUGUUAAUGCAUUCUUUGUUGCUACAACAUUUUGUUAGUUUUAGCAGGAAAAAGUCUAAUUGUAGACUCAUUUGCACUGACAUGAAACAUUGCUGAUACACGUGGUUGACACUCCGUAUUUGCCUCCACAUAUUUGUCAACUUGCCCAAGUCACUCAGCACUCCUUCUCGUUUGUUUAUUUUGUUAAAGGGCCAGACUAGGAUUACUCCUGUUAAGGUUAAUUCUUGAAAGGUGUUCUACAAACAUUACUGCCACAAAUCCUUUCUGCGAGAUAACAAUAUGUACCAUCUGAAAUGUUUAUCCUAAAAUUCCCUGUCGUUUACACUGAUUUUCUUAGCAGUAAGGAUGUCAAGUUGCACUUGAAAAUGACUUCUACCACACAGCGGUCUUCUGAAUCACUUAAUUUACCUGGUUAGUUCCGUUUGACAUAAACUGGUUAUAUUUUCUAAAUACACACAUCUGAUGUUAAUUACUUUCAGUAUAGCUAAUAAAUACAUUUUCAUCUGCAGCAUCAUUCACAUACAUUUAAAUAGUGUGUGUAUAUAUAAUGGCUAUAGUUUGUAAAAUGGUGAGCAGUAGUGCAGAUGCAAUUCUGUUUGAAGAAUGAAAAUUGUCAACAACAUGGUUGCCUUUGGACACUCUAUGCACACACGUGGCAGGUAUUGAGGUUGGGGAAAAUGAAUCAUGCCAAAGAAAGCCGUACUUUACUCCUGCAAAUUAUAAUCUGUUAGUUAAUGCCCUGCUCAAUCCUUACCAAUGAGACUGGACCACCAACAGCAGCUCAGGCUGAAAGGCUGGUAAUUCUGUACGUAGGGUGGCGCAAAUAUUUUGUGAUGUCAAAGUCGGAUGCUGCUUCCAACCUCUCCAGGACAAAAAAAAUAUCAUAAUAAUCUGUUGUGUUGCAAACAGAUAACCCCCCCUGGAUCAAGUUUCAUUUUAAUGAAGUUUUAUAGUGUACCUCUGAAGAGAAAUAUAGUCACAACAGGUGAUUUAUUUUUGGAUAAAUGAAAGCAAUAGUUCCAGUCUGAUCACUGAUGUUUAAAGUUGAGUUGUCUGUUGGCUGGUUGCUUGUCGAUGGAAGGCCGUAUGACAGCCUACAAACAUACAGUUCAAUCUGGGCAUUUGUCGAAAGUUCUGUGAUGUCAAGCAAGGAGAAGAGAAGCAUGGUUUUCUGAGGUGGGCAAAUAUUUUUCAACACUUCUUUUAAAUCGUAUCUGUGAAAGCAUAGGCAGUAUCUGGUCUGAAAGGGGCGAAAGGCAUUUUUCAACAUACUCUUUUUCAAAGACAGUCAUGUGACUUUUGCCUUAUUUUCUUGAAAAGGUAUCUGUUCUAUAAGCUUUAAAAAUAUAUAUAUUAUUAUUUAAGGGGAGACUUUGUGAAGCACUUGGUUUGCAGAUGAUUGUUUAAUGUCCUUGAAGAAAUUACUUAAAAUUUUAAGUCUGCUACUUUUAUGCUAUGCCUUGCCUCUGUCACAAGUUGCCAAUCUUGUGGAGCAAACGGGUGGAGGAUUUCUUUCUUUGACUUACUGUUGUUGUCGUCCUGUUUUUUUAUUUGUGUUUUUAAAUCGAAGUUAACGUCUGUCCAAUUUACAGAGCAAUUUUUACAAUUACUGGAAUGCCAAGAAAAUAAGGUAGUGAUGAUGUCACUUCGUCAGGGCUGUGCAUAAUACCCUUCAGUAAUGGGGCAUUUUCCUGAUCCUCGGUUACGACUGCUGCUGCUAACUUGGAGGAUCUCUGUGAAAAGAGGCAAACAGUGUGUUUGAAGAUUCUCGCAACACCCUUAAACAGCGCACGAUCAGAGGCCGUGUAGCUCAAGCUCGAGCCCCAUUCGUCACCAAACCGAUCCAAAUGUGUGGGAAAACAUCACUGCCAACUUAUAGCCGGUAUGGUCAUUACCCUUGUUUGAAAACAUUUACUGACAACAUUUUAAAAAAAAAAAUAGAAUUGUGUUUAUUGCUACUGCACUGGAUAGUUUGAAAACUACAAAACUCCCAUUUGCCUUUCUUUUCAAGUAUUAAGAAUUAAGAUAACCUGAAAAAUCAAUUUCUUCUAGCAUGCCAGACAGGAGAUACUCAGGGGAAUUCACCAGUGCUCCAUGUUCAAAACUUUGUAGAAAGCAGGUUGUCAGUACUCAAUUUUUAAAAAAUGCCUUAAUCAAAAGCCUAUGGAAUUUGAUUGUGUUACAGCUAAUUGUUAUGAACCUAUGGUGAAUUACAACAUUGGAUGUAUGUUUUUUUUUUUUUUUUUUUUUUUUUACAGUACCAUCAUAUAUACUGUAUCCCUUGGGUUAAAUGCACUUUUAUUUUUGAGAUGUUGAAAUUCUAUGCAUUAUUUCUUUCUUAAAUAAAUGAUGGAAGAAUC